AGUGGUGUUACCUGGGCAUGUGUGAUUUCCUUUAAAAAAAUUGAGGAAUACCCGUGUCUUUCUUUGAAGAUUUUUCACCUGCCAAGAAGCUUUCUUCAUUGCUUCAUAAAUCAUUUUUGAUGAAGUAUUGGCUAUGAUCAAUAUUCAGUUCCUCUUUUAGUCGGACUUCUGAUGCCUGGGCCAUCCUUAUUCUAGUAAGCAAGCUACAGAGUGUAUCUAACUCUAAUUUGUUAAACUAAUCAAAUUCAUUAAAAGUAAGUCGACUUCCUGCUAUCGAAUGAAUAUCUUCAAAAUUUGCUUUGCCCAUUUUGCUCCAUUGCUUAUCUAGUUUCACCGAUAAUCUCUUCCAACACCAUCUUCAUGUUAUGCGUUUUCUUCACUGUCAUCCUAUUAUUUUACAACAGAUUCAGAGUAGUUGUGGCUGCUGGUACAUGGGUUUCAAAUGCUGGAUAAUUAUUGGAUGUUCCAGGGCUAGGGACAGGAGAAGAACACUACUGUGAGAAGAAUGUGAUUUGUUAAUCGUUUAUGGAUAUAGACCAUGGAGUCAUAUAUAAAUUGAAGAAAUGGGGAAUAGUUAACAGUGAAGUGGUUAGGGUGGGGAAAUGUGAAUGAAUCAACAUUUGGUGCUUUACAAUUAGUAUUCCUCUCCUUCGGGCUUGUUUAACUAGCCUCUUGAAGAAGCAACAUCCUUUUAACCAGUUGUUCAUAACGUGUUAUGGUGACUUGUACAAGAUGUCUUCGAAAUGCAAACAAAGCAUAGUUUUGAAAGAGUGUAAAACUGAAAGAAGAAAUUCAUAAGUCUCAUGUGCUACAGUGCUAGUAUCUUUGCUUUGCUCUCCUGAAUGGCUCUUAGUUUACGGAACUUGUUACAACAGUUUGGAACAAUAAUAGGAAAUCCUGUGUGUGUGUGUAUACACACACACCAAGUCCAGGCCAUGUAGAUAUGACAUUGGCAAAGUCCUCGGGAUUGGAUACUCUCCGUGGCUAUUUAUGACUGCUAUAAAUGUGGAUUAUUAUUGCGGAGGAGGCCUCUUUAAAGUUGUAUCAGCAUGGAUUUUUUAUGGUAACUUUUUUCCAUUUUAUGCUUUCUGUGGCUUAUUUCUUAAAUGGCUUUUAUUAUAAUUUGUCGUUUACAGAAGGAUUCGUGUUUGGUGUAUGGAAAGUUUAUAAACUCUAUACACUGUCACUGAACUACAGGUUGCUGCAUUUCUCCCUAAUUACAUCUUAAAAAUCUUAAAUUUUUAGUGCUCAUUAAUGAUGUUGUUUAUAAACUUUCUGUCCAUUCAUUGAUUGGUGUUAAGCCCUAUGACCUGUUUCUUUGCCUUGAAAAAGGCUAUAAAAUGGGGUGAGAGCAGGGCUUUCAUCAACAUCAUUGUCUCCUUAAUCUUUCCAGUUUCUGUCUUUUCUUCAAAAGAGUUCAAUCUUGUGUCUUUCUUAGCUUCUACCAUGAAUUCCCCUGUGGCUAAAGAAGAUGCAGAGAAGCAGACAGGUACCAGGCCAUGCGCCUGCUACAACAAAGUACUCAACAAAUAUCGAGCUCUAGAGGGCCACCGUCGGAUUAAUUAUGAGGGUAAGACAUUAGGGACCUUGAAUUAUCUUGGUUCUUCAAGUAAUUCCAGGGACACUACUAGGAGUUCCCCUGCACUCCUGCCAAACAGCCAGCGAAACUCCUCACCUCGUGUGAACAAACUAACUCCAUUCACUAGAAUACCUCCUUCAUUUGACCCCUCUAGGGUGUUUGGCUCAAACGAAACAAACCAUGCAAGCAUGACUGGAUUCACCGGUGGCAACCCAGGAGUUUCCCCAACUCAAAGUUUCAUGUUUCCGAACUAUUCAUGUGGUCGUGGUAGUGUUUGUCACCAUAGCAGUUUGGCUUCAGGGGGAUCUGCUCCAACUGGUCCCCACACGGCCAUGUCUUCUGCUGCGUUUUCUCAGUCUAGCAUUGUUGUAACCUCUGGCUUUAACUUAGACACUUCAUUAUGUUUGGGCCCAAAUGAAGUUUGUCAGUUUAAUACUGAUGAAUUUCAGAUUAGCCGCGAUGGUUUACCACCUACUCGUGGAAAUGCCUUACGUAACAUACAAGGUUAUAAUCUUGGUCCUCCUCCAAGCUCAAGCCCAGAUAGAGCGGGUCAGAAUGACCAUAGAAGUUUGGUUAUAUGCGAACAAGGUAAGAGGCCCUUCUUAGAUGAUGAAUCUAGGAAGCCUGAUGAAACAAAUGCAUCGAAAAAGCCUAAGAUUUCCUCUGAUUCUCAUCUGAAACCUGAGAAUCUUGUGAAAAAAGAGCUAGCUCUUUUUGUGGAUGUUGAUGGUUCAGUUCCUGCACCGAAAGCCUUAUUUGAUGAAGCCAAGGAAGGUCCAGUAGAUGUAGAUUUGUCUCUGCAUCUGUAGGCUUUAUUUUUCUCUCUGAAAUAAAUAAACAAAUAACUGUAGAACUGCAGAAGAAUAAAGAAAUAGUUUAUCUUGCCUUCCUCAGCCCUUAAUGGAAA